CACUUGGCAAAAUCAAUUAGUUCUUCCGUCCACCAUGCCCGAAUUAUCCACCGUACAAGCUUCAAACGCCAGCCUUGCCACCAGCCUUCCAGCUGGAUUGGUGGCUGUCUUUGUAGGUGCCACCAGCGGCAUAGGCGAGUAUGCCCUCAAGGCCUUCGUCAAGGAAACUACAAGUCCCAAGGUUUACUUUGUCGGCCGCACUCAAGCCGACGCAGACAGGGUUGUUGCCGAUCUCAGGAAGUUGAACCGCCAGGGAACCUACAUUUUCAUCAGGUCGGAUGUCGCCUUGCUGAAGAAUGUCAACGAUGUAUGCGCCCAGAUUCUGGCCAAACAGGAGGCCAUCAAUCUCUUGUUCAUGACUCAAGGCACCAUGGCAAUUGAGAGAACCGCCGAGGGCUUGGCUCCAGCCUAUGUUCUACCAAUCACGUCUCGUGUUCUUUUCAUCCUGAAUCUCCUGCCAGCCCUGCAGAAUGCAACGGAAUUGAAGCGCGUUGUCUCGGUCUUCGCAGCAGGGUUUGAGGGCCCAUACGACGACAAGGACUGGGCAAAUUUCCCUGUCAAGAAUCUCAUGAAAAGCCGUCCUCACCUCGCGACCAUGAUCACUUUAGCACACAGCAUCCUAGCGCGACGGGCGCCCGACAUCAGCUUCGUCCAUGACUUCCCUGGAGCCGUCAAGACCGCCUUCGGCAAGGACGCAAAGGGCAGGAUGGCUGUAGUCAGGAACAUCUUCAACUUCAUCGGACAUUUUGUCAUCAAGUACUUGCCCCCCGAGACGUCCGGGGCGCUUCAGAUCUACAACGCUACCAGCUCGCGUUUCCCACCAGCAAGAGGUGGCGCUGACGGCGUGCCCCUGUCAAAAGGCGUCAAGGUUGCUAGGGGCAUUGACGGGAAGCUAGGCAGCGGUGUGUAUUCUGUUAAUGAGAACUGCGACGAUGUGUCGCUAGAGAUUGACAGGCACAUUGCCAAGGCCAAAGCUGAUGGUGCAGAGGAGAGUCUGUGGGCCCAUCUCACUGGGGAAAUCCAGCAACACACUGGCAAGAAUUUCGAUUAGUUGAUUACUUGAACUUCUUGCAGACGCAUAUGCGGGUGAAAACCUUAAUACCCUUCCCUUAUCUCUAUCUAGAAUCCCAGCACAUACAUGUCAUCAGUCGUUACAAAAUCGCUGCUCUAGUC